CAGCUACAUUUUCCACGAUAACAACCCUUCGAGAGUCCUCAACCCCUCUUCUCGCAGUCGCAUACCUCCAAAUAACCGUAAUCAACUUUCAGUACUCUCUCUACAUAACCCGCCAUGGCAGAAUCAAGCGCCGCAGCUGCGUCCAGCACCACGGAGGUGCCGCGCACUCAAGAGAAGGUCCAGGAACUCCAGCAAGCCGCUGCCUUGCAAUACUCGUUGAAGAACUUUGGCGCAGCUUCCGAUCUCUAUGCUGACGCUGUUGAGAUUCAAGCUGAGCUCAAUGGCGAGAUGGCGCCCGACAAUGCAGAGCUGUUGUUCUACUAUGGCCGCGCACUGUACAAGGUUGCCAUCUCGAAGAGCGACGUCCUAGGAUCGAAAGUCGCAAGCGAGGAGAAGGGGAAGCCAAAAUCAGAAAAGAAGACCAAGAAAUCAGCCGGCGAAGGCUCAAGUUCUGCAGCGAACGGCGCUUCGGAAAAGAAGGAGGAGACUGUGGAGUCAAAACCAUACUUCCAGCUGACAGGCGACGAGAAUUGGACGGACUCAGAGGAUGAAGACGAGGAUGCCGAAGGUGGCGAGGGAGAAGAGGGCGAGGAUGACUUCCAGAAUGCCUUCGAGACGUUCGAAAUUGCGCGAGUGUUAUAUUCCAAACAACUUGAAGCUCUCGGCGACGGAGAGAGUGCGGACAAGGGCAAAGGAAAGGCUGAGCUCACCACUCAAGCCAGGACUGUUAAGGAGAAGAUUGCCGACUGUCACGGCUUCCUCGUCGAGAUCGCACUCGAGAACGAGCGCUUCCACGACGCUGUAUCCGAUGCACAAGCUCAUUUGGCGCUGCAGGAGGAACUUCAUCCGUUCGAGCACGAGAAUAUUACGGAGGCACAUUAUACUCUAUCGCUCGCUCUCGAAUUUGCUUCAACUCGAAAGGCAGAAGAUGCAUCGGCGGGUGAUUCUGCCGGUGCCGCACCCGGGCCAGAAGGCGAGGAACAGGAGAUCGACUACAAGAUGCGAGAAGAAGCUGCGAAGCAGACCGAGCUUGCAGUUCAAAGUCUCACCGCACGGCUGAGCAAGGAGACGGAAGCACUGACUUCGGGCAACUUGACGGAUGAGCAAAAGAAGGAGAAGGAGGCAAUCAUUAAGGACAAGAAGGAUGUUCUCGAAGAUAUGAAGACCAGGCUUGCCGAUCUCAAGACCGACCCCAAGGCACAAGCACUCGACAGUAUUGAUCCAAGUGUCUUCCAAGGACUUUUGGGUGGCCUACUUGGUGCAGAUGCAGCAACGCAAAAAGCCAAGAUCGAAGAAGCUACGAAAUCCGCAAAUGACAUCUCAGGGCUAGUGAAGACCCGCAAGAAGGAGAAGGCACCCGCGCCAGCCCCAACUGCCACAUCAUCUGCAAUCGAAGGAAGCAGUGGCAAAAGGAAGCUUGAGGUGGAAGACGAUACCGCUGAUGGGAAAAGGGCAAAGACUGAGGAGCCUCAAUGAUUUCGGCACCCUCUUAACAACCUAGAUUUUCUUAGGAGUGGAUUACCGUUAUCUGAGUGUACGAUUGUUACGGCGACCUUUUCUUGAUUUUAUGACGAUAACACCGUAGGGUUCAUGUGAUAUCUGGAGGCAAUUCAUCCUUCGUUCAUCCACAUCAACGAUCACAUAGAUAGACAUUCACAAAUGGUACCAAUAAAUCAUGCGUACCUACCCACCAAAUGAACUAUUCAAAAUCCG